AUGGACAAUCAGUUGCAAUCUUUAGAAACAAUUGAUACAAACAUUGCAAAGGCUCCAAGCUUCACCCCAAGGUCCAAAGAAGCAUGCAAGCGUUUAGGGAUUGAGCCCUAUGAGCUUGUGUAUCGCCCUUUUGAAAGCUAUAUGACUAAAGGAAUGGACAAAGAAACUGCUCAAAUUCGCUUUGAUUUUGUCGAACAAAAACGCCUAGAAAAACUGAAAUGACUAAAAGAAGAAAGGGAAAAAAUCACUGAUGCUGAUAUAUUAAACACCAAGUCUCAUUUUAGCAAUAAUACCAGCAUUGAUUUGAAUCUUUUAAGCUCUGGCGUAGUGGAAAGAGAAAAACGGGAAAUUGAAAAACUAGAAAGAAGGCAACAAAUGGAAUUGCAGCAGAUGGUUGACUAUGAGCUCACCAUGGAAGCUCUUAAUCUAUUUGCCAUUAAUUUGUAGCAAUACAUUAUUUUUAGGUAAAUAUAACAAUAUUAAUAUUGUUAAUGAUUAAAAAGUUAGGCAGAAAAAUGAAGAAAAGGCUGAGAAGGCAAGGCAAAAAGAAAUUGCAAGACAAAAAGAAAUUAAGCAACGGCGAAAAGAGCAAGAGGCAAAAAGGAAAAGGGAUGAGGAAAGAAAAAUGCAGGCCCAGCUUCAAGAAGAAGAGGAAAAUAGAAAACGAGCCCAAGAAGAAUUUGAAAGAGUCCAAAGAAAAGCAAAAGAGGACAAAGAAAAAGAAAAGCAACGGAAAGAAGAAGCAAGAAGAAGAGAAAUGGAAACUCAACGAAAACAAGAAGAAUUUAAACUUAGAACUGAACAAAUGGUCGAGCAAAAAGUCAAGUGAGCUGAAGAGAGGAAAAAGCAGCUUGAUGAAAGGGACCAAAAGCGAAAAGAAAUGAUAGCAAUUGCAACUCAAAAGAAAAUUGAAGAAAGCCUAAAAAUCCGUGCUGAAAAAGAUGCCAAGCUGGAAACUGCAAAAGAAAAUUUAACCAAAAUCCUCGGCCAGCGCCGAAACGAAUUCGAACAGCGGCAAAAGGAAAACGAAGAAAAACGCAAAAGAAUUGAAGAAGAUCGUGAGCUAGCACGUAUUGAGUCCCAAAAACGAGCUGAAAUUAAAGUGCAGGAGCUUAAAAAAGUCCAAGAAUUAAACAUGUUUUUAGAAGAAAAAAGAAAAAAUGACUUAAUUAAAGCACAAACAGAAGCUGAUAACAGAUUUGAAGAACAGUUAAAAAGAAAAGAAGAAGAAUUAGAGAAAAAGAAAGAAGAAGAAAAACAGCGCCAAGAGCAAACUCUUAUGGUAAGGCAAAGAAUGGAGCAGCAAGAAACUGAAAGAGUCAAAAAAAUAUUGACAAAGCGAGAAGAAGAGGAAGAAAAAGUAAGAAAACUAAAAAAGCAAAGGGAAAAAGAAAAUAGAAUUAAAAAGGAAGCAGAAGAUAUAUAUAAAUAGGGCUGAAUAAAUAUAUUCUGGAUAAAUUAUUAUUGAAAGUGGCAUUCAAUGUUAUAGGAAUAUGAAAAGAGCUGAUAGAACUGAUAAUGUUAUCAGGAUCUCAAAACAACAAAAUUACCACAGAGAAAAAGUCUUAGAAAGAAUCCAAGAAGACACACUUAGAGUAGAAAUGCUAAGAAAAGCUAAAGAAGAGCUAAUGGAAGAAAGGAGAAAAAGAAAAGAAAAAGCUGAAGCAGAAAAGCAGCGAAUCGUUCAAAUGUUUGAAGAGGCCAAAAAAAAGAAAAGCGGGCUUAAAGAAUACACAAGCAAUUUACAUAAAUCGCCAGCAGUUUAUUGCAAUUUUUUUCCAGCAGCUAGUAAGCUCAGGUUUGUGUUCGAUAGAACCAGGGCUACUUACCUGCCUAGGCUGCUUCAUGGUCUGUCCUGAAUCGCGUAAACGGUUGAGCUUUUCUUUUUGUGGUAAACCAGGUUAAAAAGGGAAGACAGGCUAGACAGGCUAGACAAGAAUAAAGGGCUAUAGUUUCCAGUUGGAAAGGGUCCCGAGAAGGGGCGAUCUGAUCUAAGUUAAGAAUAGUUGGAUAAGCUAGUUGCUAGGAUUUGAAAUGGAGGCUCAAGACCAGAGGGAAAAUAAAACUGGUGUUUCAGCUCCAGCUCAAGUAAAUAGUUUAAAGCAUGGUGCUCAGAAAGUGGGAACUAUAAAGAAGCAUCACUAAUCUAAUACACAAGCAAAUUUUCAAAUUUGUUAGGAAAAGACAAAGAGAAAGAUACACAAAGAGAAGAAAAACCAGAAACAAAAAGAACAGAAAAAAUAAAAACAAAGCGAAAUUCCCAGCCAAAAAUGAAAGUCCAAGGACAGCCUGAUAAUAUUACAGCUUAUGCUCAAAAAAUGUUUGAUGAUUUAAAAAAUAAAAAUCACCAAGAACUUCAAAAUCUACUUGAUAAAGAAGAAAAAGAAGAAAAUGAGAGAGAAAGAAGGGCGGCUAAUCUAAGUGAAGAAGAAAGAACUAAACUGGAAAAAGUUUUUGGGAUAGAAAGGGCAGCUGCAAGUGAACGAAUUGUGAUUCUGACUAAAAAGCAUGAAAAAGCGGAGAAAAAGCUUGCAAAGCAGCUUGGGUUGAGUUAUCCAUAA